CCUGUGGGGUGAGGGUAGUGUUCUCGCGAUAUCUCUCAGCAGCAAGAAAAUAGCAGAAGGUACAAUGCUAACAGCUUGUUAGCCUCGGUGGUUUCUAAAAUUUCAGACAUCUAGUGUGAUGAAGAAGAAGACUCGCAUUUGUUUCUAAGGGUGGAUCUGAAGAUGUAGCCUACAGUGUGCCACCUCUCCACCACCUAACCACUCCUGCCCUGGGAUAAUCAGCCCUCUGCCACCCUCACCCUGGAGUACUUUGACCUGCAUCCAGGGCUGCCCUGUGUGUGACUUGGCCAUCCACAGUCACUCCGUCCCCAACGUCCUUCGCCAUGCUGUUCUCCCUUAGAGAGCUGGUCCAGUGGCUGGGCUUCGCGACCUUUGAACUCUUCCUCCACCUGCUGGCUCUGAUGGUCUUCAGCAUGUUGGUCGCCCUGCAAGUCGAUAAGUUCACCGGGCUAAGCUGGUGGCUGGUGUUCGUCCCACUGUUUGCUGCAGACGGCCUCAGCACAUACUUCACUGCCAUCGUGUCCAUCCGGCUUUACCAGGAUAACGAGAAGCGCCUGGCGGUGCUGCGGCUCCUCUGGGUCCUAACGGUGCUCAGCCUGAAGCUGGUGUGUGAAGUUCUGCUGUGCCAGAAGCUGGCCCAGCAGGAGCAAGCCAAAGACCUGUGGUUCGGCCUCAUCGUCUCGCCGCUUUUCAUCCUCCUGCAGCUGCUCAUGAUACGAGCGUGCCGUGUCAACUGAGGAGGAGCUGAAGUGUUUCAUCUAACUGACAACAUAGAAGCAGAAAGCAGCUUUGGGUACAUCCACACUAAUAGGUUUGCAUUUUAAAAUGUUCCCACUACUCCAGCAUUUAAAGACCCCUAAAAUAUGCGAGACUGCCCUCGUAUAUUUUAUCCCUUCCUGCGUACAAAACAUUAAAUACAACUAACAUGUGUUGAAUAGCCUAUUAAAAUAGAUACAUUAUAAUGAGACAAAAAAAAGAAGAAAUCCACAAGACCAGCACAGUUAAUAAAAAAGUGAAAUAAAAUCUAAAAGCCCAGCGAAUAACAUCGAAUACAAUUAGCAUAGAAAUGAGAGGGGAAUGAAAUCCAGAAAAUAAAUACGGAGUACACGGGAUAAAGACUUCAGGAUGAUAUUGUUGGGGCAAAGUCCUCUGCUGCCUGUAUGUCAAGAUUUUGUGUUGUAGUCUGGACGGGCAAAAACCGAAACUUCUGAAAGUGCUGAUGCAGACGCUAACAUUUCUCAUAGGGCCACAAAAAGGAAGUGAGAACACUGUAGCUCGACUUGGAAACCAUUUAUGAUUGCAUUCUUUAUGUUUGUGAAAAGUAUGACUUAAUUUUUAGCCAUUGCCAAGGCUUCCUCAUAUGUUUCACUUUAUCACAAAUCCCACAAGUUACUUUCAACAUCAGUUCUACCCACAGGAAAAAAACAUAUAAAAGAUGAAUGUAGCUUCUGGGUCUUAAA